AUGUCCAUAAGAGAUUCAACGAAUCAAAUGAUACCAUAUACUCCAUUCGCCAAUCGGGAUCCAAAGCUUAAAGAUUUAAUACUUGGCGUUAUAUUCAUGCAGGCAGAGAUCCAUACGUCAACUCAUCUUCCACGUCCUGAAAAUCCAUGGAGCGAUAACGACAAAACCACACCAUUACCAUCUUCGUCU